UUCUGGGAAAUGUAGUCUGACUCCCUGGACGCCCUGGUCCAGAGUCGGCUGCAGGAAUACAACUCCCAGAAGCUCCAGCGCAGCGGCGCCUCAACGUCCCGGGCUCCCCUGUCGCUCUCUCGCGUUGGUCGGUAGGUCGCGCCACAGGGUCUUCUGGUAAAUGUAGUCUGACUCUCUGUGCGCUCAGGAACACGGCUCCGGCAGCGGCGCACAUGUGUUGGUCGGCAAGCCGCGCCGCGGGUCUCCUGGUCUUGGUAGUUUCCCCGGAGGGCGCGGUCUGGAGACGGAGUAACCGUCGGGAGAGCUGCGGGGUCCGGCCGGCCGGGGCCUGGGGCGGACGGUGUCGGGAGCUGACGGGACCCGAGAACCGUGGCCCUGGCCCCUCCCUGUGUGCAGAGACUCCGGGGUGGGCGUUGCGGGUCGGACCUGACCGCCGUCGAGGUUUGUUACUCGCCUUUCCCAGCUCUGACUCGGUCGAGAGCUCGGAGUCGGAAGAGAUGACGGCCACGGGGCUUUUGGCUGCCUGCCUCCCGGUGAGUGGCCUCUCCUCUCCCUCCUGAUGGGCUAGGCCUGGACCCCAGGCUAGGGGGCAUAACUCCCCCGACUUCGGACCCUCAGCCCGUCGUUCUGGCCGAGGAGGGAUGAACAGAAGAGGCAGAAAACUGCCUUGUCCUGCAGUCCUUAAGUGUAUCAAUAAAGCCCUAGAGCCAGUGAAGAUCUAGUCACAAAGCCCCCCAGCAAGAAACUUCCUGACCCGAAUGGCUUCAGCUACCACCCGUUUAAUGAACAAACGAUUCUGGUAUUUCCAUCGUCUGGAAUGAUUUGUCUAAAAGAGGGAGCAUGUCUCUGUUAAUUCUUAUGAAGCCCACGUAACCUGUGUUCCAAAACUUGUGCACUUCUCUCAGCUCAGGCUCCUCCUUUGAAAGGACAACAAAACAGACUCCAGGAAGUGGCAACUACUUUCUCAGACUGUUUCCAGGGUUAAGUGAAUUUCCGUUAGCGAAAGUGCUGACUUAGCAUUGCGCUCAGCCUGGAGAACUCUUGGCAAAUGUUAACAUUAUUAUCAGCAGUUAAUAACAUCAUCUUUUUAUGCCUGAUAUAUAAAAAGGAAGAGGAAUCCUGAAGGAUGACUGUACAUUUUGAUCUUGUGGAGGAUCCUUAGUUUAUCAAGAAAUGCGUGAGAUUCUUAGGGGGUAAACAUUUCAGUAUUAUGGGGGCUCUCCUCUGAAAUGGCUGAUGGAGGCCCCCAGAUCCCCCGGGGAACCUUGAGUAUCCCUCCGAAGCCAGAACCUUCUCAGGACAUCUCUCUGUACGCCUGAGUCCAUCCUCACGUUCUCAUGUAUGCUGCUCCCAGCCCUUGUGGGAGCUUUGCAGAGAUCAGGGUCUUAGCUAAGCAGACACGACGGUGACAUUUCAGGGGCAGUUAACCUUCGAUGAUGUGGCUGUGGACUUCACCCAGGAGGAGUAGGGGCUGCUGGGCCCUGGCCAGAAGACCCUGUACCACAACAUGAUGCUGGAGACCUUUAGGCACUUGGUCACUGUGGGUGAGGCUGUGCCUUGUGUUCACUUGCAUCUGCCUGGGGUCUUGGCAGAGUGGGUGUGACCUGGCUGGGAGUGUGGGGUCAGUGAACCCUAGAAGAGUUUCUCUUCUUCCAAGCCCUCAAGGCCUGAUCUCUCACUUGGACAGUGUCUUGGAUCUCCAAACCAGCUAUCGUGGCCCAGCUAGAACUCGGAGUAGAGCCAUGGAUAAUGGACAGAGGACUCUCCCAAGAUUCCUGCCCAGCAUGGAAGCAGACCUAAAAGCCAAGAGUCACCAUCAACAGAGGCCAUUUCUGGUGACAGAUUACCCAGCAUCAUGAACCUGGAAAGAUACACAAUGGGUGAUUCCUGGUGUUCUACCAUAGCAGAUGACUGGAAAUCUGAGGAUGAAUCCGAAAAGCAGAAGAUGUACAGUGUUAGUGUGGGGCCAGUGGAAUAUGAACAAGGGCAACUAGUGACCCCGGAUGGGGAUUGGGAAAAUGCUGAAGUUGUGGGGAAAUGCAGCUUCUAUUCCGACUUUGUUUCUUCACAGAGAUUUCUUAUCAAGGAACAUUUUAAUAAACUGACUCAGGGGUUCACAGUUUACAGCAUAAUUUUGUUUUUCAGAAUCAUCAGGAAAUCUUGGUAGAAAAGAAAUCUUGUAAAGGCAAUCCAUGUGGAAAAGUCCUGGAAAAAUUGUGUGGGUAUUGCAGUUGCUUUCAGUAAUCACCCAAAUCCACUGCUCCUGGGCAAGCUCCUGGUGGAUUAAUCCUGCAGGAUGGCAGCCAUCAACCCGUGGGCUUCGUGGGGUAUCUUUACGGACCAGUCCUGGGGGAUGGCGGCUGUUGACCCGUGGGCCUCCUGGGCUCUGUGUCCUCAGGACUCUACCUGGUGCGUGGAGAAGACCCCUGAGGAGAGAAGGAGGGCCCCCAGGCUUCCGACAGCCCAGGCCCAGGAACCAGUGACCUUCAAGGAUGUAGCUGUGGACUUCACCCAAGAGGAAUGGGGGCAGCUGGACCCUGUUCAGAGGACCCUGUACCGUGAUGUGAUGCUGGAGACCUAUGGGCAUCUGCUCUCUGUGGGGAAUAAGAUCGCCAAGCCUGAGGUCAUCUCCCUGUUGGAGCAAGGAGAAGAACCGUGGUCGGUGGAGCAGGCAUAUCCUCCUCAAGGCACUUGUCCAGAAUGGGUGAGAAAUCUUGAAAGCAAAGCGUUGAUCCCAACACAGAGCAUUCUUGAGGAGGAACAGUCCCAUAGCAUGAAGUUGGAGAGAUACAUAUGGGAUGAUCCUUGGUUCUCCAGGUUAGAAGUUUUGGGAUGUAAAGACCAAUUAGAAAUGUAUCACAUGAACCAGAGUACAGCUAUGAGGCAAAUGGUCUUCAUGCAAAAGCAAGUACUGUCUCAAAGAGGCGCUGAGUUCUGUGAACUUGGGGCAGGGUGUAGCCAGAGACUAAGCAUUGUUCCAUCUCAGAAAGUUUCUCAAAUAGAACAUUUCUAUAAGCCUGAUACAAAUGCUGAAAGUUGGAGAUGUAACUCAGCCAUAAUGUAUGCAGAUAAGAUUACCUGUGAAAAUAAUGAGUAUGACAAAGCCUUCUACCACUCCAUGCAACCUGUUCACCCUGCAAGGGUGCAAACUGGAGAUAAUCUUUUCAAAUGUACUGAUGCUGUUAAAUCUUUCAAUCAUAUACUGCAUUUUGGUGAUCAUAUGGGAAUGCAUACAGGAGAAAAACUAUAUGAAUAUAAGGAAUGCCAUCAAAUCUUUAACCAGAGCCCAUCAUUUAGUGAACAUCCAGGACUUCAUAUUGGAGGAAACCAGUAUGAUUACAAAGAAUAUGAGAAUAUCUUUUACUUUUCAUCCUUUAUGGAACAUCAAAAAAUUGGUACUGUAGAGAAAGCAUAUAAAUACAAUGAAUGGGAGAAAGUCUUUGGGUAUGACUCAUUCCUUACACAGCAUACAAGCACUUACACUGCAGAGAAACCCUACGAAUAUAAUGAAUGUGGGACGUCUUUUAUCUGGAGCUCUUACCUUAUCCAACAUAAGAAAACUCAUACUGGAGAGAAACCCUAUGAAUGUGAUAAAUGUGGAAAAGUUUUUAGGAAUCGUUCAGCCCUUACUAAACAUGAACGGACUCACACUGGAAUCAAACCCUAUGAAUGUAAUAAAUGUGGAAAAGCCUUCAGCUGGAAUUCUCAUCUUAUUGUACACAAGAGAAUUCAUACGGGAGAGAAACCUUAUGUAUGUAAUGAAUGUGGGAAGUCUUUCAACUGGAACUCCCAUCUUAUUGGACAUCAGAGAACUCAUACUGGAGAGAAACCUUUUGAAUGUACUGAAUGUGGGAAAUCUUUCAGCUGGAGCUCCCAUCUUAUUGCCCACAUGAGAAUGCAUACUGGAGAGAAGCCCUUUAAAUGUGAUGAAUGUGAAAAAGCUUUUAGGGAUUACUCAGCCCUUAGUAAACAUGAAAGAACUCAUUCUGGAGCAAAACCAUAUAAAUGUACUGAAUGUGGAAAAUCCUUCAGCUGGAGCUCCCACCUUAUUGCCCAUCAGAGAACUCACACAGGAGAGAAACCCUAUAACUGUCAGGAAUGUGGCAAAGCAUUCAGAGAACGUUCAGCCCUCACUAAACAUGAAAUAAUUCAUUCUGGAAUUAAGCCCUAUGAAUGUAAUAAAUGUGGAAAAUCAUGCAGCCAGAUGGCUCACCUUGUUAGACAUCAAAGGACUCAUACUGGAGAGAAGCCCUAUGAGUGCAAUAAAUGUGGAAAAUCCUUCAGCCAGAGUUGCCACCUUGUUGCCCAUCGGAGAAUCCACACUGGUGAGAAACCCUACAAAUGUAAUCAAUGUGAAAGAUCCUUUAACUGUAGCUCUCAUCUUAUUGCACACAGGAGAACUCAUACUGGAGAGAAACCAUAUAGAUGUAAUGAAUGUGGGAAAGCAUUUAAUGAGAGUUCUUCCCUUAUUACAUCUGAGAAACCAUACUGGAGAAAAACCCUACAAAUGUAAUCAUUGUGAGAAAGCUUUCUGUAAGAAUUCUUCUCUUAUUAUUCAUCAGAGAAUGCAUAGUGGAGAGAAACGCUUUAUAUGCACUGACUGUGGAAAAGCCUUUAGUGGUCACUCAGCCCUAC